AUGGCAGCUCAGUAUACCUUUACAGAUCUACGCAAUAUAAACGUGGGAUGCCAUAACGUGAUUGCUGUUGUCAAGUUCUUCAAAAAACCUCAAAAAACAAAAGGCACUGGAUAUUCUAUGUUUGCAUCCGUCAGCGACCCAUCUUUGUGUGGCGAUAAGUUCCCAGUCAUAUUUCUUUGUAAUAACAUAGACCACCUACCUCCGAUUCGCACUCCGGGGGACAUCAUUAUCAUGCAUCGCCUAAAGGUGUCUAUGUAUCGUGGCAGCCUACAAGGCUGUGGCCCAGGAAGUUCUGGUUUCGCCUUUGCGGUUUUUCCCGGACUUUGCGAUUCUCCGCUAACUCCUUAUCCAUCUCCAACGAAUUGCAGUUUCACGGACGCAGAUCUGUUCCGUGUAUUCGAACUUAGAGGUUGGUAUAACUCUGACUCUUGUCCCCUCGAAAAGGAGCUGCCCCCUGAUGUGGUUAUGACCGAACCCCAGGCCCCUAGCAAUCAGAUGGUUCCGUUUGCCGAGAGAGUCGUCCCGUCUACUCGUAUUCAUUCCAUAAUGAAAAAUGCGUUCGUAAACAUUGAAGCGCAGAUUGUCGCAAUCUACUCGUAUCCGCCGGAGAUCACACGUGAUAUCAUUCUGAGCUUGUGGGAUGGCCAGCCGCCUCCUGAAGCGGCAUCUCUUCCCCCAUUCUACACACACCACGACCUCGACAGGCCACCUCACAUUAGCGACUCGAGGACAGAUCCACACCUCGCCGCUAUCACAGGCCAUUCGAUGUUGCCUGCUAACGAGGACUGGUCAGUGACGGUCUUCGUCUUCGACGAGCACGCGCAGUCUGCUGUCGCGAAAAAGUUAAAACCGGGGGAUCUCAUUCGAAUCAUUAACGUCCAUUGCACGGGAAAACUCGGCCAUGUGCGACGCAAGUUGGACGUCCACGGAGGUGGACAGAAAUACGGCCGACGGAUUGAGUUGCUGACCGAGGAGACGGCUCCACCAGACCUCGUGGCUAGGCUGAAGGCGGGUCGCGAUGCGCGAAAACCGAUUACGACGCCGUCGCAGUCGCCGGGUGCCGCCGACUUGGGCGUCUUGUUGAUAUGGAAGUUGCGCGACGUGGUUUCACUGCUAGGUCCAGCAGCAGUAGGGCCAUCAACUACCACACCGCUUCACCACAACAACCCCGCGAUGUGUCGUCUUCGGGUUUGUGGCCGUGUUGUCCGCGCACGCCCUAAUUCCCCACGCUCCCUCUUCCGAUGCCUCCUUCUCGUCUGUCGCUCUUGUGGCACCUCCAGUCGAAUCAAGUCUCCCACGCUACCAAUGUGCCCCUGUGGCAAGAGCACGCACUUCCUAGCACUUCCGAUGUUUUACCUCGUCCUCGCAGACCUCUCAGGACGCGUCUGCGUUCUCGUCUCGUCGCGCGGGAUCCGAGCUCUCGCGGGACCGGACAUGUCGAGUCUGCGUCGGCAGUUGCGGCUCCUCGUGUCGGCGACGGCGUCGCCACAGACAAAACGCGCCACGGCCAGGUCCAUCACCGCGGCUUGGAGUCGUUGCGUGUCCUCGUGGAUUGACGCCACACUCCUAGUGAAGCGCAGUCCCACCAAAUCCACCGUCUCAAUCUCACUCCUCGCCAAAUAA